GAGCCCAUGUGUGUAGUGCAGGGUCAUCCCGCUUGGCGAUCGACUGGUCCGGUCGUGCAAGUGUCCGAGACAGCAGACCGAGGAGACAAGCGAGUGGGAGCCAGUGCAUCGUACCAGGUCUGCGCCUGAUCCGGCUUGGCUUUGGCAUGGACAUUCGCGUCGAUGUCGGUGACGGCGGCACUGGGCACAGCUGACCGACCGUCAACGUCAAGCAGAACAUUGGCCAGACGGGGAGCCGAUGUCAGUGAGCGAUGCGGCUAGCAAGCCCGCUGUACCAUCAGCGCAGCCUGCCAGGCUAUCGACCGCCGAGGGAUUCGUUUCAGGCGCAUUGGCAGCCUGCGUAUCCGCAACGGUGACGAAUCCAGCAGAAGUGGCCAAAACACGCUUGCAGCUCGAUGGCGAGCUCCAGAGCAGAACGAGUGGCGCUGCAGGACGACAGAAAGUGUACAAGAACGCCUUCGAUGCGCUUGCAAAGACGUGGCGCUAUGAGGGUCUAGCGGGCGUACAACGAGGCCUGGGGGCAGCGUACGCCUACCAGAUCAUGCUCAAUGGUAGCCGGCUGGGGUUCUACGAGCCAAUACGGCGAAGGAUUAACAGGAUAGCCGGACGGCAGACAGAUGCUCAGACGAUAUUGGGCAAUCUGACUGCAGGAGCAUUGUCCGGUGUAGUGGGAGCCAUACUCGGCAACCCACUCUUCCUUGUCAAGGCGCGAAUGCAGGCCUACUCGCCCAGCAAUCCCGUCGGAGCACAACAUUAUUAUGCCAAUGCUUGGGAUGCACUGCGCUCUGUCUACCGCGCAGAAGGCUUCAAAGGCCUCUGCCGGGGCAUGGAUGCUGCCAUGCUGAGGACAAGCAUGGGCUCGUCUGUGCAAUUGCCUGCCUAUAAUCUUGCAAAGUCGCGACUGGCCGAGUAUCUACCGGCUACGAGCAUAUGGACCUAUCUUGCAGCAUCCACCUUUUCCGGCGCCUGCGUUUGUCUCGUCAUGCAGCCAGCAGAUACGGCCCUGACGCGAAUGUACAAUCAGUCGCCCAAUGCGAUAGGGCCGGAUGGUAAACCUCGCGGACUGCUCUACAAGAACCCGAUAGACUGCCUAUGGAAGACAUUGCGUGCAGAGGGCGUAAGAGGGUGGUAUAAAGGUUCGACGGCGCACUUGAUGCGCAUCGCACCCCACACGAUCAUCACCCUCGUCGUCAACGAAGGCAUCACUCAGUGGUGGAUCAACAGCAAAAUGACCGCAUCGACCUGAUCAGUCGCACGCGCUCCGAAGCCGGUACAAGCAGUGUCAAGGCAGGCAAAUCUUGUAAGCCAUUGUAUAGCCUCGCCUGGACCGCUCCUGUCUUGUCUCAUGCAUAUGCAAGGAAGUGCACGGGACAGAGACCAUGCAUGUUUGCCUGUCCCAAGCAAGAGGGGAAGGGUCGUCUAUUUUGUGGCCUCGUACUUUAGCAGUAGCUUUUCCAGGUCGAAAGCCGGAUUAUUCGGAUCGCUUAUGACCGAAUCCGCACCGCCUUCCCUCUCGAGCUUCUGCC